AGCGAGAGCUGUCCAGAACUCAGACACAUGAAGGGCUUGCGGGUCCAUGCCUCAGCCAUGCUGCGACUGCUGCGAGGGUUGGCGCUUCUGACAUUAACGCUUGCACCGUGGGCCUUCUGCGGGCAAAGCGUUGGCCGGACGCCCACAGCAGCUCCCGCGGCGACAGCUUCAGCAGCUUCCGGAUCCGGAGAUCGGGACAGGCAAGCACGGCAGCUUUUGGAGGAUGUGCUCGCUGUGGUGCAGUCUGCUGGGCCGGAGGCCGGCGCGGUGCGGGGCCUGCAGGCACUGCAGGCGGCAGCGGCCACAGCCCUGGAGGCGGCGCAGGAUGGCGAGCUGCAGGAGGCCCUCCAAACGAUCCAAAGCUUGGCUCGUGGACAGAGUGUGGAUGACGCACCGUUGGCGCGAUUGCUGCGACGGCUGUUCCAGAAGCUUGGCAGCACCUACGUCAAGCUCGGCCAGUUCAUCGCAUCUUCCCCGACGUUGUUCCCGGCUGCAUAUGUGCGGGAGUUCCAGCGCUGCUUAGACGCCACGGAGCCAGUCGGCUUCCGCGCCAUUCGGCGCGUGGUGGAGGCGGAUCUGGGGCUGCCGCUGGGCCGCGUCUUCGCGUCCUUCGAGGAAACGCCGCUGGCCUCCGCCUCCGUGGCCCAGGUCCAUGCCGCCGUGCUUCUGAGCGGCGAGCGUGUGGCGGUGAAGGUGCAGAAGCCCGGGGUGGGGCAGAUCCUGAAGGCGGAUCUGGGCUUCCUUUUCAUCGCUGCCCGCACACUGGAGUUUCUAAGUCCAGAGCUUGCCCGAAGCUCGCUGGUUGACAUUGUCGCAGAGAUCCGGUCGAGCAUGCUGGAUGAAUUGGACUUCACAAAGGAGUUGGAGAACAUAGAGACUUUUCGGAGCUUCCUGCAGCGAAACGGCCUAGAGCGCAUUGCGGCCGCCCCAAGAACAAUCCCAGAGGCCUCCUCCAAAAGAGUGCUGACCAUGGAACUGUUCAACGGUGUUCCCCUGACCGAUCUGGAAGGUAUUCGCCAGUAUAGCUCCAACCCAGAGCAGACUCUCAUCAACGCGCUGAAUGUGUGGUCGAUGUCGGUGCGGGGCUGCGAGAUCUUCCAUGCGGACGUGCAUGCUGGGAACCUCCUGGUGCUCGAGGAUGGCCGCGUGGGCUUCCUCGACUUUGGCAUCGUCGGCAGGAUCCCGUCGGAGAUUUGGUUUGCAGUGGAGGGCCUCGUUGCGUCGUUUGCCGCCGGCGAUGCCCGCGGCAUGGCGCGGAGUCUGAUGGCCAUGGGCGCCACGGGGACGGUGGACGAGACCGCCUUGGCCGACGACGUCGCAAGCGUUUUGGCCCGGAUCGCCGGGCUGGAGUCGGAGGUCGUUUUGCGGGGUAGAGGGCCAGAGAAGGUCGUGGCCGAGGUAGCUCUGGACAGCGAGCAGGUUACCGACUUGCUCUUGGAGGUGGUCCGCGUGGCCGAUGAGAACGGACUGAAGCUGCCCCGCGAGUUUGCGCUGCUGGUGAAACAGGCUUUGUACUUCGAUCGAUACACCAAGCUCUUGGCACCAGACCUGGAUCCGGUUCGGGAUUCCAGAGUGUCACUGGGGCGUGGAGGCUCCGUCAUUGACGUGUGAACGUGUGAUUUCUUCAUGUACAAAGUCCACUUGAAUUUGAGUCAGCCUGCUAGCCAAUUGCCAUUCUCGUUUUCCGCGAUUUUCGGCACGCUUUCCCAGUGGUGUGCCUCAGUUUCAGUUUCACCAGGCUUGGCAGCUUGUGCUGCAUGAGGUCGUGAGCUUCGGAA